GCUCACCUACUAGCUAAGGUUACGCUGAAAUAGCCUCUCAAGGCUAUCAGGUUAGGUAAAAAUUAAAUAAAAAAUCUAUUAAUAAAAAAACAAAUAGUUUUUGUUUUAAGAACAAAAAAUGUUAUUGUACUUAUGGGCUAUGUUUCUUUUGCUUUUCAAAGAAAGAAAACGUCAUUAAUGUCAAUUACAAUUUCGUUUUAAUUGUCAACACUGUACCGUACCUACCUACCUCCAACAUUAUUUAAAAAAGGGAAAUUAAUUUCUAUUUCAACAUUUAAAUAUUGUAAGUUACUGCUAACUGAUAAACAUGGAAUGUCCACACCUAGCUGUGUCGUGGGAAUCGUAUCGAAGUAGUAUAUGCAACGGAUUGACCACACUCCAGCAGCGUGGCGAGUUUGUGGAUAUGACCCUUGCAGCUGAUGGACAUUUGGUGAAAGUACAUCGCAUGGUGCUAUGCCUCGUUAGUCCAUACAUCAAGACCCUUAUAGCCUCUGUAGAUUGUCCACACCCAGUUAUAUUCCUUAAUGAUAUAUCAUAUGAGGUUUUACAAGCAAUCUUACAGUAUAUUUACACUGGAGAGGUGAUAGUCAGCAAGGAGAACUUUAAGUCAUUCAUGACAGCUGGGAGAGCACUCUGCAUCAGAGGCUUGGACGAUAUGCCUGUAAAUGAAGAUACAGUAAAAGGAGACCAAAUCAAUAUGAACGAAUACAAUAAUGAAGUCAGUGAAAACCUGAAUGUAGUAAAAGAAUCUACAGGCACAGAAUCUAUGGAUGAUAUGUUGAUUAAUACUGAUGAGGGAAUGCAUGAACCAGAAGCUAAUGAUGGAACAAAGGAGCCAACACUUCAGUAUAGUCUGUCGAACCACGGUAACUUACAACUGGUACUGAAUAGAUAUGUUUACAACAUGAAAUACUAUAGCCGCAAAUCUGGUAAUCGAAGUUGGAAAUGCGUCGACGGUUCGGGGAAGGAACCACGCUGUCGUGCCUCAGUACUCACCAACAGUUCUAGGGUUGUCAGAAGGUACUUUUACUUUAUUCGCUAACGAUCUUACAAGCUACCUGGUGUUGAGAAUGGAUUUCAUAGACAUAUUAUUACACCUCAACUUAGUCAGAAACAUGCAACCAUGAGCUGUACUUUUAAUAUUAGUUUAAUUUGUUAUAAUAAAAUAAUAUUUAAUAUUAACCUGAUAGAUAUUGCUCACCCUGCCCUAGUUUCUUCAUUACUCUUAGAAAUUCUUUCACAAUCAUCAUCAUCAUCAUUAAAAUCUAUAUAUGUAUUUAAAAAUGAAUUGGUGUUCGUUUGUCUCGCUAAAACUCGAGAACGGCUGGACCGAUUUGGCUAAUUUUGGUCUUGAAUUAUUUGUGGAAGGCCAGAGAAAGUUUAAAAGGUAGAUAAAUAUGAAAAUGCUCGGAAUUAAAUAAAAAUAACAAUUUUUGUUUUCCCUUUGAUGUGUCCCUCGUCGGACGGAUUCCUUUUGUUUGUUUUAAGUUUAUUUUAUACAAAAGGUUAGGUAGGUCUUUUAUUUAUCGAUUGAGGCACUACGAAGUCUGCCGAGUCAGCUAGUUAUAUAUAAAAAGCGUGCAAUAGAAAAUUUGCAAUGAAUUCAUUUAUUCUCACAGAACCGGUUUACACAAUCAUCCGUUUCAUGACAAGAAAA